AUGUCUCAACUUUCUGGUUAUCACAUUAUGAUAGUCUCGAAGAAUUUCAAGACUAUCAGAGACUUUAUUAACUUAGAGUUGGUGUGCAAGAAGUUUAAUGGUAACAUGGAGAAGUUUCACUUCAACCCAAUUCCGUUGAAUUCCAAAACAUUUAGAAACUUUCCAAACAUCGAGACACUUCACUUGUGGGAUGUAACGGACGAGAAUUUUGGCAACGGAUUUAUGAUCAACACAGAAGAAAAUGAAGAUAGUGAAAAUAAAGGUGUUUUGAAGAGAGAGUUAUAUCGAAUUAUUGUUUGGUUUGAUGUUGAUUUCGAAACUGUUGACAAAAACAAUAGUCGAAACAUCGAGUUUAAAAAUGUAACUUACACUCAAAAUAAUAGAGAGAAAUAUGGUAAUAACAUUCCAUCAAGUGUAAUAUCAAUUGGUGAAGAAUGUUUCUAUGGAUGUAGUAGUCUAACGAGUGUUACAAUACCAUUAGGUGUGAUAUAUAUGAAUGAAUUUAGUUUUGGUAAUUGUAUUAAUCUAAGCAGUAUUACGAUACCACUUAGUGUGAAAUCACUUGGUGAUCAGUGUUUCCGUCAAUGUAGCAGUUUAAGCAGCAUGAUAAUACCAUCAAGUGUGACUUAUAUUGGUGAUAGUUGUUUUAGUGGAUGUAUUAAUCUUAGCAGUGUCACAAUUCCUUCGAGUGUCACAUCAAUUAAUUAUAAUUGUUUCAGUGAAUGUAGUAGUCUUAACAGUGUGACAAUACCUUCAGGCGUGUCAUUAAUUGAAGAAUAUUGUUUCAGUUGGUGCGAUAAUCUAAGUAGCGUGAUAAUACCAUCUAGUGUUACAUCAAUAGGAAAUUAUUGUUUCAUUGGAUGUGGUAAUCUAAGUAGUGUGACAAUACCACUGAGUAUGAUAUCACUUGGUGAUCGGUGUUUCCCAUCAAACACUGUCGUUUAUCGAAAUUAA